GGUCUCUCUUCUCUGGUCUAGACCAGUUCAGCACUGAAAAGAAAAAAAAAAAACUUCUAAUGCCACUUAUAAGGAAAGAACAGUUAAGUUCAGUCUGUCAUUUGCUUCUCAGUUGAGCAGUUGAGGUAGAAGUAGUUCCAGAGUUCUUCAGACUACAUAAAAAGCAGGUGAAGAAGAACCAGCACGAGCAAGAUGGCCUUUCGGAGCGAGGAGAUGUGCUUGACUCAGCUAUUUCUCCAGGUGGAGGCUGCGUAUUGCUGUGUGGCAGAACUUGGAGAGCUGGGGCUGGUUCAGUUCAGAGAUCUGAACAUGAACGUGAACAGUUUCCAGAGAAAGUUUGUGAAUGAAGUGAGAAGAUGUGAAUCCCUGGAGAGGAUCCUACGCUUUCUGGAAAAUGAGAUGGAAAACGAGACUGUGAUUAUCAAAUCAGAAAAGUAUCCAGAGACCCCCUUGCCUCGAGAAAUGAUUGAUCUGGAGACAGUUCUGGAGAAACUGGAGGCCGAGCUGCAGGAAGCUAAUCAGAAUCAGCAGACGUUGAAGCAGAACUUCCUGGAGCUCACUGAACUAAAACAUCUGCUGAAGAAAACGCAGGACUUCUUUGAGACAGAAACCAGUCUGCCAGAUGAUUUCUUCAGUGAAGACACAUCUGGUUUAUUGGAAUUAAGGAGUACUCCAGCAGCAGCUGCUGCAAAACUGGGAUUCACGGCAGGGGUGAUAAAAAGGGAAAGGAUGGUCCCCUUUGAGCGUUUACUGUGGCGAGCUUGCAGGGGAAACGUCUACCUGAGGUACACGGAAAUGGACACUCCUCUGGAGGACCCAGUUACGAGAGAAGAGGUGAAAAAGAAUGUGUUCAUUAUCUUCUAUCAAGGAGAGCAGCUCCGACAAAAAAUCAAGAAGAUUUGUGAGGGGUUUCGUGCCACCAUGUACCCCUGUCCAGAAUCUGCUACUGAGCGUCGAGAAAUGGUUGAUGGUGUGAACACAAGGAUUGAAGAUUUAAACACAGUGAUAACCCAAACUGAAUCACAUCGCCAGCGACUUCUGCAUGAGGCAGCUGUGAACCUGUGGACUUGGGGAAUCAAGGUGAAGAAAAUCAAGGCCAUCUACCACAUCCUGAACUUAUGUAACAUUGAUGUCACCCAGCAGUGUGUCAUCGCCGAGAUAUGGUUCCCCGUGGUAGACACGGGUAGGAUAAAAAGGGCCCUCAAGCAAGGAAUGGAACGUAGUGGCUCUACCAUUGCCCCUAUCCUGACUGCUGUGCAGACCAAGAUGUCUCCACCCACCUUCAACAGAACCAACAAGUUCACUGCAGGUUUUCAAAACAUUGUCGAUGCCUACGGCGUGGGGAAUUACAGGGAAAUGAAUCCAGCUCCAUACACGAUAAUUACCUUCCCCUUCCUGUUUGCUGUGAUGUUUGGAGAUUGUGGCCAUGGUGCUGUCAUGCUGGGCUUUGCUCUCUGGAUGGUCACUAAUGAGAAGGCUCUCUUGGCCCAGAAAAGCACUAAUGAGAUCUGGAACACCUUCUUCAGUGGGCGCUACCUGAUCCUGCUCAUGGGCAUAUUUUCCAUCUACACUGGCUUUAUCUACAAUGACUGCUUCUCCAAGUCUUUAAACAUCUUUGGCUCUUCCUGGCAUAUCCGCCCCAUGUUUAGUAACAGCACGUGGAAUAAGCAUGUUCUUGAAGAAAAUGAGGCAUUGCAGCUGGAUCCUGCAGUCCCAGGAGUCUACUCUGGAAAUCCAUAUCCUUUUGGAAUAGAUCCAAUCUGGAACAUUGCUAAAAACAAGCUGACUUUCUUAAACUCUUACAAAAUGAAGAUGUCUGUUGUCAUGGGGAUUACGCAGAUGGUCUUCGGGGUGAUACUCAGCCUUUUCAACCACAUCUACUUCAGGAGAACAAUAAACAUUGUCCUGCAGUUCAUUCCAGAGAUUAUAUUUAUCCUCUGUCUCUUCGGCUACCUGCUCUUCAUGAUUAUAUUUAAAUGGUGCUACUACAAUGUCCAUGUAUCCCAGUAUGCACCAAGCAUUCUCAUCCACUUCAUCAAUAUGUUCCUGUUCAAUUACAAUGAUCCUACAAACAGCCCCUUAUAUACACAUCAGAAGGAAGUCCAGAGCUUUCUGGUCAUAUUUGCCUUGAUUGCUAUUCCAUGGAUGCUUCUGAUUAAACCUUUUAUUCUCCGAGCCAAUCACCUGAAAGCUCAGCGUAUGCUCCAGUUACCACCAAUCUCAGAAGGCCCUGCUGGUGACACUGAAGUGGAGAUCACUGAACCCAACAACUCCAAGAAAGCUGGUCGUGAAAACCAUAGUAGUGGCCACGGGGGACAUGAUGAUCAUGAGGAAGAGUUCAAUUUUGGAGACAUAUUUGUACACCAAGCAAUCCACACCAUUGAAUACUGCCUGGGCUGCAUCUCCAAUACGGCAUCCUACCUCCGGCUCUGGGCACUAAGCUUGGCUCAUGCACAAUUAUCUGAAGUCCUCUGGACCAUGGUGAUGAGUGUGGGACUCAGCAGUAGUGGCUGGGGAGGACUUAUUGUGGUCUUUGUCAUCUUUGCUGUCUUUGCAGUUCUGACAAUAGCCAUUCUGCUUGUCAUGGAGGGUCUCUCUGCAUUCCUCCAUGCACUGCGUCUUCACUGGGUGGAGUUCCAGAACAAGUUUUACAUGGGGGCAGGCUAUAAGUUUUCUCCUUUCUCCUUCUAUGAUAUCAUAAAUGGAACAGAAGAAUAAAGGCAGAAUAAAGAACUGAAGAAUAAAGGCAACUCAGCACACACAGAUCUUUAGUUCCCCAGAUCUUUCAUUUUACUUUCUUCUUAAUGUUAUUACCAUGUUGAAUGCUGAAUUCUCUUGAAUGUGAAUUUCAUAGUGCACCUAGUUAAUUGGAAUGGUUAUCCAAGUCAAUGCCAAGUAUCUAACUCUACAAAUUUUUUGGAGUCACCUCUCUCCUGUUUGCUUAAAAAUAGAGGAAUUGUAUUGUUUUAAAAUGAAUAAAUUAUUCAUAAUGAGCUCA